GAACGCAGUCUUCUUAAUUACACACCAUGGCCACCCAGGACGACAGUGGUGUCCCCUUCUCUGUGGUCCACGACCAGCAGCAGUUCCGCCUCGUCGAGUUGCCUCCCGAGAUUCUCGCCCUCAUCGACUCUCCCAAUGCAUCCAAUGCACCCAUUCUCUCAGUCAAGUCUCAAGCGCCACCCACCACAUCCAGCGCACCUAGCUCGAAGCCCGCAUAUGCCGUCCUAUGCACUCCAACCCAAACGUACCAGCUGCGCCAAGUGCAGACGUCUAACUCCGUCUUCGUCACCAAAUGCGUGCUCACCUCCCAUGGUGAUUCCAUGCCAGUCCCAGGGGUGUCUGCCAUAGCAACAUGUCCCACGACAUUGGAGCUGCAUCCCGUGGCCGGCACCGCCAUCCCCUACUUGAAAGAAGCGUUGCCGCUCUACGACAUGGCCGACGAUGACAUGGUCGACGCAGCAGGUAACGGGAACAGCAAAUCGAAAGUCUUCUCCGACGUCCCCUUGUCCGACGCGCAGUGUGAAUUGGGCUGGCGUGAAUUGAUCGCAUUCGAGUUCGCGGGGAGCUCGUUCAAGCCUUCUGCGGUGACAUUGCUUAAGCUCUGGAAGUCGAUCAAUGUGGCUGCAUUGGCUGAGGGGAUAAACUUGAACAAGCAGUUCUUGACCGAGGACCUGCUGAAAGCCAUAGAUGACGAAGGCUUUCCCGUGGAUCUGUUCUAUUCCUUGCUUUCGCGCUUGGCUACUGAUGAUCACGUGGGCGAUACAACGUGGACUUCGAUCGACCGCCGAGUCACCGUUUCAUUUGUCGGGCGCACUCUCCUUGCAAGUGAAUCUUCAAUUCAGGAUCUCCACACCUCAGUAUUUGUAGAGUCUUGGAAAGACAUACUUCCCGAGUUGUGGCGUGAUGACGCGAAGCUUGAUGCUAUCAAAGACCUCUACAUCCUCCCCACGUCGACAACGAUCUCUAUCAAAGGGGGGUCCGACGGCUUUGGUGAGGGCUCCAAGGCAGCAGGGUCUGCUUCGCGGAAAUGGCAUGAAAGGUUUGCGAGGGCGAGAAGGCGUUGAAGUGGGUCAUACUGAACUUGAAAUGGUUUGAGUGCACGUUAUGAAAUAUGUCCAAUCUUAUAGGACGUGUCUACUGGUCCCCGAUGACUUCAAUGCUAUGAUACUGCAUUAUAUCAGCGACUGCAAGUUUAGGCAUUGAGAGAUAAACGUUAUAUUAGCGUUUGAGUAUGAGAAGGAACUCUGUUGCCCAGAAGCAACUUUCAAUGAACUGUUCAAACUGAACCUAUAGUUCGUAUCUGUCCCUUGUCGUAGCGUAGUCUUGACAAUAGCCAAGUGGCAGUGCCACGGAGUUCAAUCUCCCUCACGUUUA